AUGUCUCUCGCUGAACAACUUUCUGAGAUGGGUUUUGAAAAAAACCAAAUUGAUAGCGCUGUAAAUAUAGGAAAGGCUGCAAAUAUGGAACAAGCAAUUGAUUGGAUAACAACACAUAAUAAUGAAAUUACACCAGGCGCUACAGCUAGUUCUGAGCCAGUUCUUACUUUGAGUUCUAGUGAUUCAGCAACCGCAACCGCAACCGGAGCAGCAACUGCUAAUGCUCAAGUCGAAGCAAAUUCACUGAAAUGUGAUGAAUGUGGUAAAUUAUUGAAAGAUGCUGAUGCAGCAACAGCUCAUGCGAUGAAAACAAAUCAUUCGAGUUUUUCUGAAUGUACACAAAUGAUAAAACCAUUAACAAAUGAAGAAAGAGAAGAAAUGAAGAAAAAAAUUCAAGAACGUAUUGUUGCUCGUCGUAAGGAACAACAGAUGGCUGAUGAAAAAAAAGCAAUUGAUAUGGAAAAGAAACGUAUUUCUGACGGAAAAACUUUAUUAGAAAUCAAGCAAAAACGAGAAGAAGAUGAAAUGAAGAAAAUUGCUGAAGCUAAUCGUCGUGAAAAGCUUGAAACACAAUUGGCUAAACAACGUGCUAUUGAAAAAAUUGAAGCUGAUAAACGUGCUCGACGUGAAAAAGCAGCUGCAGAAAAAAGUGGAGGAGUUGUUGGAGAUGUUCCAGCAGCAAAACCUCAAGUUGCUACUGUGCCACAACCGACACGACAAUACGAUGAAUGUAAUCUUCAAAUUCGUUUAUCUGAUGGGUCGACAGUACGACAUACCUUUAAAGCAGCUGAUCGAUUCGAAAAAGUUAUUGAAUGGAUACAUCAAACACACCAUACUAAUCCAUUUGUUCUUGUACAAAACUAUCCGAAAAAAGAAUUUAAUGAAAGCGACAAUUAUAAAUCCUUAACUGAACUGGGUCUUGUCCCGUCGGGAUCGCUUAUGAUGAAAUCACUUGCGCAUUUCCAGACAUAA